AAGUGCACGUAGACUAUCAUAAUAUUUAUAAUAAUAGGGUCUCUACAUACGACUAUUACAUAAAGGUGCCAGCAGCCACAUAGAAGGGAAGAUAGAAAGUUCUGCUAAAGAUGUCUGGGAAGCAAGUUGAAUCAGUACCACUCACCUCAAAGCAAGAGGAGGCUGGAGGACCUCCUCAUGUCUAUUCACAGCAGCCUGUUGUCUACGCACAGCAGCCUGUCGUUUACGUAACCCAGGCCCAGCAGGCGCCCCCAGGUGGUGUUCCUCCAAAAGACUACUUUGUGAUGUCCAUACUGACUCUCUUGUUCUGUUUCUGGCCUCUUGGUAUCGUUGCUCUGAUCAAAUCCAUUGAGGUGAGAGGUGCCGUUGCCCGGGGAGACUACACUGCAGCUCAGACUGCCUCCAAGAGUGCUUAUCAGCUCAACAAAUUGGCUAUCAUCAUUGGAACAAUCAUACUUUUCUUUGUUCUGGUCCUUGUUGGCCUGAGUCAGCUCACGUGGAUUAUCCCAUUGGCCGUAAUAAGGCGCAAUUAGUGAAGGAGAUUGCAAAUCUAUCGUGGACUUCAACUUUUAUUUUUGUAUUUUUAGUAUUUCAUUGCUGUGAAUUAUAUAGCAUUACAAGUAUAUAUAUAUACAAGGAUUUAAUUAAUCACAA